AGACGGCGCGCGGGACGGGGAGGAAUGGCCUGACUGUCCCUGUUCAACCAUCACAAGCCAUGGUUGCGGAAGGGCGACGUGCCCCCCAGUAGGAGAAUGACUCCGAUUCGUGACCCUCAGCGCCCGUGCUUGUCGCUGUAAGUGCGGGGCCAGAGAGUAGGGUGUGAGUGGGGGUUGCUGGUGAGGGGAGAUUCUGAUGCAAUCGGCCCGGAAAGGAGGAGGAGAGCCUGGCGAGAGCGGACUGGAGCAGCCACGACACUCCGCCUGAAGGUCGCCAGGAGCCUCCGCCCUUCACCUUCCUCGGAAAUCCGCCAGGCCACGCCAAACUCCCUGCCCAGCCUUUACCGACUGGGGCCACCGUUUCCCGGCCGCCGUCACCAGACCUUGACACAAAGGACAUCAAACUGCUGAGGGUGAAAAUCCCGGAAGGGCGGACACCUUCACAUCGCCUUUCGCCACCUUUCCCCUUAUUUCCGGAGAGUCAAGGAAACUUUUCUUUUGAGCUAUUUACAGCUAUUUUUGAGCUAUUUGUAUUUAUAUGCAAAAGUAUAUUCCUCUGAACAAAAUUUGGAGCAUGUUUGUUUCUCUCUACCUGAUUUUUCCAGAAUCUGGAAACUAUCUAUAUUUAUUGAGUGUCUACUGUGUGCCAGGCACUAUAUCUAUGUGCACAGAAAAACUGUGGAAGGCCAUACAGCGAUACAUAUACAGUGAUUGUCUCUGCUUGCUGAGAUAACAGGGGUGUCAAGCUUCCAUUUUUGCUAUCUACUUCUAAAUACACUCAGAACAGGAGAAAUUUGGACUAAUUUUCGAACUACAAAUACUUUCUAAUCAUGAUGCAUUUCAAAAGUGGACUCGAAUUAACUGAGUUGCAAAACAUGACAGUGCCUGAGGAUGAUAACAUUAGCAAUGAUUCCAAUGAUUUCACCGAAGUAGAAAAUGGUCAAAUAAACAGCAAGUUUAUUUCUGAUCGUGAAAGUAGAAGAAGUCUCACAAACAGCCAUUUGGAAAAAAAGAAAUGUGAUGAAUAUAUUCCAGGUACAACCUCCUUAGGCAUGUCUGUUUUUAACCUAAGCAACGCCAUUAUGGGCAGUGGGAUUUUGGGACUUGCCUUUGCCCUGGCAAACACUGGAAUCCUACUUUUUCUGGUACUUUUGACUUCAGUGACAUUGCUGUCUAUAUAUUCAAUAAACCUCCUACUGAUCUGUUCAAAAGAAACAGGCUGCAUGGUAUACGAAAAGCUGGGGGAACAAGUUUUUGGCACCACAGGGAAGUUCGUAAUCUUUGGAGCCACCUCUCUUCAGAACACUGGAGCAAUGCUGAGCUACCUCUUCAUAGUAAAAAAUGAACUACCCUCUGCCAUAAAGUUUCUAAUGGGAAAGGAAGAGGCAUUUUCAGCCUGGUACGUGGAUGGCCGAGUUCUGGUGGUAAUAGUUACCUUUGGCAUAAUUCUCCCUCUGUGUCUCUUGAAGAACUUAGGGUAUCUUGGCUAUACUAGUGGAUUCUCCUUGAGCUGCAUGGUUUUUUUCCUAAUAGUGGUUAUUUACAAGAAAUUUCAAAUUCCCUGCAUUGUUCCAGAGCUAAACUCAACAAUAAGCGCUAAUUCAACAAAUGCUGACAUGUGCACGCCAAAAUAUGUUACCUUCAAUUCAAAGACUGUGUAUGCUUUACCAACCAUUGCAUUUGCAUUUGUCUGCCACCCAUCAGUCCUGCCAAUUUACAGUGAGCUUAAAGACCGAUCACAGAAAAAAAUGCAGAUGGUUUCAAACAUCUCCUUUUUUGCCAUGUUUGUUAUGUACUUCUUGACUGCCAUUUUUGGCUACUUGACAUUCUAUGACAAUGUUCAGUCAGACCUCCUUCACAAGUACCAGAGUAAAGAUGACAUUCUCAUCCUGACAGUGCGGCUGGCUGUCAUUGUCGCUGUGAUCCUCACAGUGCCGGUGUUAUUUUUCACAGUUCGUUCAUCUUUAUUUGAGCUGGCUAAGAAAACAAAGUUUAAUUUAUGUCGUCAUAUCGUGGUUACCUGCAUACUCUUGGUUAUUAUCAACUUGUUGGUGAUCUUCAUACCCUCCAUGAAAGAUAUUUUUGGAGUCGUAGGAGUUACAUCUGCUAAUAUGCUUAUUUUUAUUCUUCCUUCAUCUCUUUAUUUAAAAAUCACAGACCAGGAUGGAGACAAAGGAACUCAAAGAAUUUGGGCUGCUCUUUUCUUGGGCCUGGGGGUGUUGUUCUCCUUGGUCAGCAUUCCCUUGGUCAUCUACGAUUGGGCCUGCUCAUCGAGUAGUGAUGAAGGCCACUGAAACCGCUGAGAAAAAGAAAUAUUCCUGUUGUCUGCUCAGUCAAGUCCCCACACAUCAGCAAUCUCUCAUCACUUCCUUUCAAGUUUACAGAAGCAAACAGAAAUGUACAGGAUACUUAAAAUGGAAUAACACUUUGGUUCCAAAACAGAGACAUGUUUCUAUAAUGCUUCAUGUCCCUCCAAGAUCUGGGAUCAAUUUAGGGUUGUGAAUUUUUUUUUUCAAAUUUCAUACAAUCAUAUUUCCCAGUACUUUUCACAAUCAGUUUUUACCCGUCUAAUUCUAUGUUUUGUGGCUUUGUGGUCUCUUAGAACUUUGAAAACAUGAUAAGCAAUCAUGUUUAUUUAUUAUACAUCCAGAUUCUGAAAUAAUUUUCCUACUGAUGUUCAGCUCACACAUCUGUACCUUUUUAGAAGAGAAAAGAAUCUUGAAUUGUAUAUAUUUAUUUUGCUUUACAGAAAAAAAUGGUUUCUUAAAUAAUUUGCCUAUUUUGGUUAACAUAGCACACAGAGAUAAUCAUCUGAAAGUUAUAGGGCACUGCCACUGCUGAAUCAGAGCAUGCCCAAUAUUUGAGGUGGCUCUGAUCGCCUGGCAGCUGAGCUGAGGCAGUCCAGUGGCCUAGCUGGUACCACAUCCCAUUUACAUCCAGAAACAUUCUCUGGCAAGUGUUCUCAGCUGAAAAGCAGUUGGGGAUGAUUCUUAGCUUGGUAAUUAAAUGAAGCUACACAUCUGGGUAAUCUAGCAAAUGAAGUAUUGUUUCCCUCUUGGCAACUUGUGUCAGAGUUACUCUGGUCUGAGUCAACUUUCGAUGGGGAAGACCAAUGGAACCUACUGCAAAAAGAUUGUCCAAAAUGCCUAAGAAAAUAAUCCUCUGAUACAUUUAGCCUUCAUUCCUAUACCUGUCUUGUUGAAGGGAAAAAAAUGUUUUACUACAUCGUAGGCCAAUUAGCUUUUAUUCAUGUCCACCAGCUAGUUGCACAGAAAAUCAUGUGUACCUAACUAAGGGUGAUCUAGGAUAAGUAACUCCUGUUUUAUAUUGAGUACUUUAGGGAAGUCUUUAAAAGACUUGUUUUAUAUCUAUAAAUCUAGGUUAUUACAAAUACAAGAUUUUUGUAUCUUAAAUAAGCCUCAUUUCUAUUUCUUCUUUGUUAAUUCUCCAUCUAGAGUCUUGCUGGAAAAAAAAAAUCCUCAGAGAUAGUCUUUGCGAAGAGUUUCGGACAGAAUCACUGGUUACUUGAAAACAUGAUAAGCAAUCAUGUUUGUUUAUUUAUUAAACAUUCAGAUUCCGAAAUAAUUUUCCUUCCCCCAGAUGAGGAAGACAAGGGGGUCUUAGUGUGCUGUCUCCUCUUCUCUUCCCCAACCAAGGAGUGUGUCAUUACAGCCCAUCCCAACUGAUUCAUGCAGGAGGACAGAGGUGCCUAGUACUCUUACCCUAGUCCCUCUCCUAAAGGGAGCACAAGGAAACUGUGAAGAGACUGAAAAAGAAGAGAGUUUGUAGCUGAAAAAGGAAUGGGGAUAGCAAGGAAACCCAGAACUGCAUUCCCCUAAGUGGGAGCAUCCCCUGUGAUUGAAUUGUUCAUAGUUAACAUAUGGUGAGAAAUAUGCAUGCUCUGUGAUCUGGUCUCUUGAAACAGGACUUAUAUUUCCUCUAUAUUCUGGUUGAAUUUUCCAAACACAUAAGUUCACUGAGCACAGAUUUCUUAUCCAGAGAUAAGUAGAAUCUAACUGCAGACUGUUGGCAGAGUUUCCAGGCACUUAGCCGUGUUCCCUUCCUGACUCAAAUCUCCAAAGGCCUUCACUCUCACUGAGAAUCACAUGGAACUGUCUCUGCCCUUUACAGACUAAUGUCCCAUAGAUAAGGCAGGCAUUGAAGCACGUGUCAUGAUCCUCUUGCAGGGAGAAUGAAAGGUUAUUUCCUGCAUUGCAUCAUCAUAGCUUUUAAUAUAAUGCUACAGAAUUAUAUCCACAUUAGGUCAGAGUUCAGAUAUUUAGAUAUGAAUACCUAAUCUAGCCAUAUCCACAGCCAUCUCUGUCCUUUUCAGCAAUGUUUUCCAUAUCAUAUUAGCAAUGACAGAAACAGAACAAACCAAGAUUCAGUCGGUUCUUAGGAGCUUGUCUAGAGCACCAAGUAAUGAAAUAGCCAGGUAGUGGGAUAUCUUACCUUUGAAAAUACGUUAAUUUAGUUUGCAAGCUAUAUUAUGCUACUUUCUAUUUUCCUCGUUACUUUAUAGCAAUUCAUUUCACACGCACAAAGUCAAUUUAGAACGUUAUCAUUAACUGGGAUGUGUAGUCAUAUUUUUGGGCCUCUGGACUUCAUGUGUCAAUAUAAGGAAUAUUUACUUAAAAUACAUUUAUUUAGAGGAGGCACACUGUUGUUGAUGCGUGUGAUAAACACACAUAUUUUUAAAAACCUUUGUAUGUUUAUCUAAAUUUGUUGUUGACUGAAUAUAAUAGACUCUACCGUAAUUUGUCAAAUAUCAAUGAUUAGUUAUAUCCUUUGUGUGGGAUUAGCUGUAAAGUGUACUGCUCUUAUUCUCGUUCAGAAUAGUGAACUGGUAGCCAAAAAUACAUGUAUCACAGAUGUUAGGUUGAAUUUAAAGAGCACAGUCAAGUGCUAUGAAAGAUUUUCUGCUAAAUUAGUAGAUUAAAGAAUUACUAUACCUUAGCCAGGGGGAGCAGCAUGUUUUCCUUUGGUAGGUAGGAUCUCUAUACUAGUGAACAGUGCCAGUUUCACACUUUGGAUUUAGAACUGUUCUCUAGUUAUUGUAACACAGAAUACUGUCAAUCCCUAAUUUACUUAAUGUUACUUAUUGGAAGUGGGACUGGUGAAACACACACAGGAGGGAAAUCUACUCUGUUUAGGCACAGGCAGUCCCAGUGUAUAAAGAGAUCAUAUUCCAAAAAGUUGUCAGUUGUUUGCAACCUGGAAUGUAUUUUCCUUUACAGACCAGGUUAUCUAUGGUGGUUAAUCCCCUAGACCAGCUCAAAAAGAUGAUCAAACCCAUAGUUUAGCUGGAAGUGAAUAAUGUAAUAGGUUUGCCAGAGAAUCUAACCAUCAAAUAUAACAUUGUUUCCAGGAGGGUGUUUGUUCAGAGUUGCCUGUUAGUAGAAUCUGGACUGUCCAUCCCAGCCACAUACCACCUACUGGGCAAUGGGGGUAGAGAUGCCACCGGACUACAGGUGACUAGAGUGGCCUGAAACAGGGUGUCUAGCAAAAAUUGGGAGGAAUGAGUCCAUGACUGCCAGAGAGCCUGGUGAUAAGAGGAGGGUGAGGGAGGGUGAUGGGACCUCUUGUGGGUCAGAAACCUCCAGGGACAUCGCUCACUUGGUACCUCUGCUGUUGUCCAGAGGGUUCAGGUUUGUUCUGCCUGUUGCUGUUUGUCUGACUUUUGGCUCCUGUGGUUCAUCUCCUGCCCUGCCUACCACAGAAAAGGAUGCUGGUGCACAGCUUAUCUCAUGUACCAGUCGUUGAGGUCAGUGCACAGCACUUUUAAUGUUUUUAGUGCUAGUAACUAUGUUUUAACUUUCGAGGAAUAAGCUGGGAGGUUAGAAAAAAAGAAAAAAGAGAAACAAAAGCUCUCCACUACUUCCUUUUCUACAUUUACAGACCCUGUUGAGAAAAAGGCCCAGAAGGGUGUUGGGGAUAGGGCUUGUGGCAGACACAGUGUUGUGGUAAGUUUCCUCAGUGUUUCGGGGAGUACAUAAUACUGUCACUCUGGAACUGACUGCUUUCUGGAGACUGAUUCAUGCCUCUAAGCCAGUGGUUCUCAAAAUGUGGCCCCCAGACCAGUAGCAUCAGCAUCAGUGGGGACCUCGUUAGAAUGCAGAUUCUCAGCCCCGCACCCCCAAUCCAGACAUGGUCAAGUCAGAAGCUCUCAGCGUGGGACUCAGCAGGUGAUUCUGAAGUGCAUCAAGUUUGAGAACCACCCUAAGCCAAUGAGUCUCCCUUUUUCUUCCCAUUAGUCCUACCACACAAGAUGAUUCCUAGGACUCAUGGGGCAAGACACAGGAGCCAGGAUUAUAGGGAGGGGAGGAAAGGACCCUGGUUGCAGGGAUCCCUGCAAUGGCAAGAAAGCAAGUAAAUCCAGCGCUGCCACCUGGUCAUCACCCUCUGGUUGAAAAUACUAGUGGAGGUGCACAUUCCUAAACACAGGCUGCCUGCAUUCAGUGUUACCUCGGGCUGAGGCAUGAUAAUAUUUUAUUUUUUUAAAGCUGUGAGGAAAUGAAAGUGAGGCUUUGGUAGGGGCAGGGUGGUGGUGAGAGAAAUUAAAAGAAAAGACCCUUUGUAAAUGCAGACUUAGAAGAAUUACUGAAUUUGUGUCAGAAGUAAGUUCUCCAGUGUUUGUGUUGAUUGUGUGAUGAUAAUCCUGUCCUCCUUUUAAAGCGAAUUCUCUACUGAAAGGUCUGCUCUGUUUAAGGAGUUACAAACUACUCUCAAAAGAACGAAAUGCUGAGUUCCAAUUCAGUGGGGCACAGUGUUGGACUAUGGCACAGUUAGUUGGAGUAGGGAGGAGGUCAGAAAUAUUGGAUUUUAUGCCUUAGAGGAAAACCUAUUAGUAUCUCUCAGUUUAUCAAUUUAAAUGGCUUUAGGCUUAGAGGGGAUGUAAACUUUGAGAUUAUAAUUCUCCCAUUCAAGUUCACAGCAAACACCUAACCACUUUCAAAACAAAGAAGACACAGGCCAUCAUUUAGCAAUACUAAUACAUGAUUUUCCUUCGGGAUGGCAGGUCUGAGAAUGCUUUAGCAACAGGACAUACUUCCCCUAAAUUACAGUGAAUUACUUAUAAUGAUAUAAGGCUUUCAGAUACAAACUGAAGAUGGGGUGGCUAACACCUAAAAACUAUCACUAAAUCUAAAAGAGAAAGUUCUUGCAAAAUAUGUAAAGUUCACAAGGUGCAGACAUCUCCUUCUUUAGGCUUUUCUCUAAGGAAGGGCUAUGAAAUUCGGCCCAUCUGUAUACAGGCUCGAAUUUACGUUUUAAAGGAAGAAUCUAUGCAGCUGAGGCUUAUUGCAGGAAAAUACUUCAUUUGUAUGUAAAUAUAUUGUAAAUAAAUAGGAGGCUGUAUAUUUUUGCAGUUGUUGAUCCACACUGAAAUAGAAGUCUCUAGGAUCUGCAUAUAAACAAUAAAUGUUUCCUAGAUAUUAGUGGUUUUGUUUGGGAAUUAGAAAAAUUUACAUUCCCUCCCAGGUAACAUAGUUCUCUCAAUGUAAAGUUGGAACCUAAAACCCUACUUAACUAUUUAGAAAAAGAAAUGUCUGAGAAAUAGUUCCAUUGAUUUCUUAUGCUGGCAUUAAGAUCAAAUAAGGAAUAUUUAGACACAAAUCCUUGUCAUGUAGAAACAGAUAUAUCCAAAAUGACAAAUUGUUUCUUCAUAAUGAUCUUCCAUUGUUAACAUUGGUACCACUAUAUAGUAUUUAUGAAAACAAGUUGGGGAGAAGAAUGUUUUUUUUCACAAUUGAAUUGCUGCAUUUUUCAAACUUUGGGAUUCUAUGAAAGGGGGGAGGGAGAACCUGAAUAUUAAUUAUGAGCACUAAUUUGAAGGAAAGGAAACAAAGAACCAUUAUUUUAUCACACAUUGGAAGUCUUGCAUGUUUGCCUUUUAUUUUAUUGUUGAUGCCAACAUAGACUGUCUUAGGUAAUUUUUUCCCCAAACACUUGAAUCUUGAUCAUUGAUAUGUAAUCCACUCUCUAGAGUCCAGUGUACUUUAGACUUCAUCUGAGUCCAGUACAUGUAGCACACCACUGUUUUAUUAAUGUAAAAACCUUGUAAAUGAAUUUCAGAUGGGUGAUUUAAGUGAGUCACAAGUCACAAAAGUUUGCUAUUCGUAGUUAAUCAAAUAGAACUGGGUUUUUUUUUUUUUUUUCAGGGUGUGGUGUAAAUAAAGAAAUGUAAGAAGUUCUGUUCUAUAACUGCUCUGUUAACAUAGUUUUUAAACAUUAAAAAAUGUGAACUAAAAGUA